AUGUCGAACAGACCAUUCCCACAGCUACAAGCCGCUGCCAUUGAUGGCAGAACCCGGACGGUCUUUUACCGACAAACUCAACUAGAGAAGCUGCAUAAGGCCCUCGUCUCGAAUGCAUCCGAGAUCGUAGACGCAGUUGUUGCGGACUCUGGUCUCAGCCGGGCAGAAGCACAAAUCGAGUACUCGCUUGCUCUUGCGACGGUCAAAGAGCGCUUCGCGGAGCUUGAACCAAAGAAAGAACUCGAGAGGGAAUAUGCUGUUGCCCGUGGAGAGGAUGCUGGCAGCCUGCGCCUCGGGUAUGGCACUGUGUAUAUCAAGGCUUCAGCGGACCACACUCCAUUCUACUCAGCGAUUGCGCCUCUGAGCGCAGCAAUCGCUGCAGGCAACUGUGUGGUCUUGCAGAUUGAGAACAGCCUCCGUGGCCUCCCAACCAUCCUUCGCGACACGCUCAAGUCUGCGCUGGACAACGAUACAUUUGAUGUUGCUCAACAACCCGUACAAGAUGCAUCGUUUUUGAACAAUUGCCUGCAAGUGGUCCAGGAUGGCUCGGUUGACGGUCCUCCUGCGCUGAAUCAGCUUGUCUCGAGGGCCAAUUCCAUCACAGCAGCAGUCGUAGACAGGACAGCGAAUUUUGACGAGACCGCCAAAGCUCUCGUGAACGCUCGCUUCUCAUACAAUGGCAAAUCGCCGUAUGCUCCAGACAUCAUCUUCGUCAACGAGUUCUCCAAGAAGGACUUUUUGCAAGCACUUCUCAGACACUCCGUAUCUUUCGACGAAGUAGUCGAAAGGGAAAAAUCGCCGACCAGAAGAGGCGGUCGCGAGAAUGGUAUCAGAGACUUGGUCUCUGGCCUGCAGAAAGACGGAAGCGGACGUGUCAUCGCACAAGAGUCGAACCGAGCGAUCCUAGAUCUGACAAAGAGGAGUACAAGCCUGCUUAAGACCAAGAUUAGCGAGCCUGUGCUGCUCGUACAUGCCGUCAAGAGUCUCGACGAUGCUAUCGAUUUCAUCAACAAUAAUGGCAGUGAGCUGCUGACUGCAUACCACUUUGGCGAGAAUGCCCAAUGUAAAUACCUCAGCCAGUUUGUUGCAUCGCAAGUGUCCUACGUCAACCACAUUCCAGCAGAACUGCUCGUCGGUCCUGCCUUCCCAGUCGGCCACCCCAUAACCUCAACACGCUACCCGACUGCUCUGUUUACCCGCCCUACGCCUGCCUUCGUUAACAACACCACCCAAUCGAAGACCGUGGAAUCUGCAUUGAACGGCGCUUCAAAGUCGGAGAAGUCGGCCGCGGUGCAAACAUUGUACCGUCAAGCUCUUUCAGACCUGCCAUCGGCGCACAAGCGACCAAAGCAGACGCGUGCAGGGUUCGGUUUCUUCGAGCAGUCCAUGCUGUUCAACCUCGGCUUCGUGCUGCUGUCGACUGGCGCCACCAUCGCCGCGACUGUGAUUCUUGGAAAGCGCGCAAGAGCUUAUUACUCUCAUUGA